AUGCCAGCUUUGCCUUCAGCUAUGGAUUUACAUGUGGAGAAUCCAUUGGAAAACGUGACUGAAGUCACCAUGUUUAUACUGAUGGGCUUCACAGAUGAUUUUGAGCUGCAAGUCUUCCUGUUUUUAUUGUUUUUGGCAAUCUAUCUGUUCACUCUGGUAGGAAAUUUGGGACUGGUCGUACUGGUCAUUGCGGAUUCCCGGCUCCACAACCCCAUGUACUACUUUCUGAGUGCUUUAUCAUUCUUGGAUGCCUGCUAUUCUACUGUUGUCAGCCCCAAAAUGCUUGUCAAUUUCCUGGCAGAGAACAAAGCCAUUUCACUUGUUGGCUGUGCAGCACAGUUGUUUCUCUUUGGUACUUUUGGGACCACGGAAUGCUUUCUGUUGGCGGCGAUGGCUUAUGACCGCUAUGUAGCCAUCUAUAACCCUCUCCUGUAUGUGGUGAGCAUGUCACCCAGAGUCUACGUGCCACUCAUCACCGGCUCCUAUGUCUGUGGCAUUCUGCAUGCUACUGUACACACUGUGGCUACGUUCAGCCUCUCCUUCUGUGGAUCCAAUGAAAUUAGACAUUUCUUUUGUGACAUC